AGUCAGACAGUGUUGCAAGUGUCUUGUGUCGCGUCUUUACAUUGCAAUGGACAGUUCGAAGUAUGUGCGUUUUUAUUAAUUCGGUUUUUAAUAUUAUUUUGCUACUAUGACGUCUCAUUGGUAUCAGUUGCUAGCAUUAUUUAUAGCAGCAUAUCCUUUAAGUAAUGGAAAAGCUACAGACAACGUUACAACAUUAUCGCCUCUCUUGGAUCUGUCACCGCUUUCUCCGUGCUCACCGGUUGGACCUGGUGAUGUGGAAUUUCAAACAGUGGACCUUAUAGCGGUUUAUCGACUAGAUCGGCCAGACACUACUGGAGUCACACUGGUGCAGGGUUCGCAGGAUCUCCAGAGAGCUUAUAGAAUCGGUGAUGGAACUAAUCUCACUUUACCACCUGAAAAGGUUUUACCAUUUGGUUGGCCUGAGCACUUCAGCGUGAUCGGGACAUUUAACGCGCACGGAUUACAAAGACCUUGGAGUUUGAUACGAGCACGAUCACGGAGCCUUCUGUUCUCCUUAACAUUGUUGCCAAACGUAAAGAAGCUCACGGUGUACGUACAGACGUCUCGUGUUGUCUUUGAUUGUCCUGAGCUUUUCUCACCUGGAUGGCAUAAAAUACAUGCAGCUGUGACUGAUGACACUGUGUACGUAGCAAUUGAUUGCAAAGAGUUAAUGCCAGAAAAAGUGAGAAAACAUGACUUCCGUAAUGCAACCACCGUGUCGAUAGUAUCUAAUGACGAUGGUACCCCGGCUCCGAUUGAUCUCCAAUGGUUGUCACUAAGCUGCAAUCGGUACAAUCUUACUAAGGACAGUUGCGAAGAAAUUGAAUUAUCUGAAUCGCUGACCGCGACUGCACCUUCACCGUUGAUAUCUCCCGAUUCGUCAACCAAUGUAUUUCCAAUGUCGACACUGGUUUGUAACGCUACUUGUCCUCCGGGACCCGGAGGCCCACCAGGUCAAAAAGGAGAACAAGGCUCCAGGGGAUAUACAGGAUUGCCGGGAAUACGAGGCGUUGAAGGUCCACCUGGCCCUGCUGGAGUAACCGGCCCCAAAGGCGACAAGGGAGAGCCAGGUCCCCCCGGAAAUACAGUUAAUGGAACUAUUGGAUCAGGCCCACCGGGAGAGCCAGGGCCACGAGGUCCAAAAGGUGAAAAGGGUGAUACUGGACAAAAAGGUGAGCCUGGGGAGGCCGGUCUCGUUGGAUUAGCUGGUCUUCCAGGAGAGGCUGGUAAAGAUGGUUAUCCUGGACCACCGGGGCCAGUCGGACCUCGUGGUGAACCUGGAAUUCAAGGCCCACCUGGUUCCCCUGCCAAUAUUAAUGCUUCGAUUAUAUAUGGUGCUAAGGGCGAUAGAGGCUUUCCUGGCAGGCCGGGUCGAGAUGGUGAGAUCGGGCCUAGAGGUCCGCCGGGCUUAAAUGGUGUAUCAGGUCCACCGGGUCCACAAGGUCCACCAGGACUGCCAGGUCUACCUGGAGAUAGAGGUCUACCGGGAUUACAGGGAAAUACAGGAGAAUUAGGUCCCGCGGGACCGCCGGGCCCUGAAGGCCCACGGGGCUUACCAGGCCUACCUGGACCUCCGGGUGCGGUGGUCGUCACACCCGAACAUGCCGCUAUUCCGGGACCGCCUGGUCCGCCUGGGGAAAGAGGACAAAAAGGUGAUGCUGGGUUACCUGGUAUGCCGGGAAGGGACGGUCAAGAUGGGGUACCAGGAUCGCCUGGACAACGAGGCCCACCUGGUCUACCUGCGUCUAGCAGUGUGAUUGCUCAGCCAGACUCACUCACAGAAACAGAGGUUAGAAAUAUCUGUGAAGAUUUGAUCAGAGUCAAAUUAAGAGAACUGGCUGAGACAUUAAAGACUCCUGCACCGGUAACCAUUGUAAGAAGAGGACCGCCCGGAAGACCUGGAUCUGCCGGAUCACCAGGGUCACCAGGAGAACCUGGUGUACAAGGACCUCGAGGGUACCCAGGGGAAUCUGGAGAACCUGGUAGGCCGGGCAGUCCAGGUCCGCAUGGAGAAAAAGGCGAUAAAGGAGAAAGAGGACGCGAGGGAGUUGGUAUUCCCGGGCCGGAAGGACCAAGAGGGGUUCAAGGUCCAAUUGGUCCGCCUGGCCUCGACGGUAGAACCGGAGAACGUGGUGAUCCCGGCUAUCCAGGUCCAGUUGGCCCUCGAGGCGUUCCUGGUCCCAGAGGAACUUGUGACUGUCCUGUGGCUGUAUAUUAUGCUUAUUCACCAGUUGGCAAUUUUAAGGGUCCGUAGCCAUGUCGAAUUCGUGAAUUAUUAAAAUUUUGUAAUUCAAAGUCAAAUUACUGGUAAAACUGUUUAAAAUAAAAAUAUUUUUUAUAAAGUUGUUAAUAGUACGUUUUAACAAAUUAUACUUUUUUUAAACACUUUCUCCAGAAGAAUAUAAUAACAUUAGGCUGUCUGUAUAAUUAUUUCAAAGCUAAGUUGUAUUCAUUUUGUAAAUUAUAUAAUUAUUAUUUCAAACGUCUUGUACAUUGUUUUUAUAUAUUAUUUUACGGCUAAAAGCCGAAGCAGGUGUCACCUGGGUUUAGCCGGCUACAAUUCGUGCAGCCAAUUGGUUAAGGCGAUAUUACACGGAUCAACCAAGUUGAAACAAUUCCAUUGAAAAUCUUUGAACAUUGCACAUUGAACGGCUUUACUAAUAUACACGUAAACCAUUUAAAUGACUUUCAACAUUCACAGCGCAAUGAGAUGUCGCGCCAACUCGUACGUGCGGGAAUUUCGUUAAACUGCGACUAUUUAAUAAAUGACUUGAUUAAUUUAAAAAAAAAGAAAAUCCUGGCCUUGUUGGCUGCGCCAGUGGAUUUCGAGAAGGAUAACUAAAGGAGCCUCAAGCACCUUAUUAGUAGAAUUGGCAGAUGAAGAUCCAAAUUCUUAUUUGAACCAUUUGCGAAUGACAGAAAGUCAAAAUAAUGAACUUCUUAAAACCCAUUUUCACGUCCCUUGAAAACUAUUUUUCAAAAAUCCAUGUGUGCACGCUAAAUAAGUGUCGUGCAGUGCGCGGAAUGAGUCACCGUUCCAUUUUCAUGUACCUAUACACGUUUCAACCGCAAUGAACAAUGACCAAUAUUGCUACCACAUACCAUUGCAUUGAAAGCGUUCGGUGAAUCUAAGCUUUCAAUGAGAUUGCACAAUCGCAUUGAAAUGUAUUCAGAUGUCUCAAUGCCAUUGAAGCAAUGAAAUUGAAAGCAGCAUGGAACCGAAAUUGAUCCGUGUAAUAUCGGAUUUAGUUAAACUUAUAUGUACAUAAAAAUGUCCGCAGUUUUGUUGGGCCAGCCGCACCAUCUACUGCCGAUGAUAUUACUUGAUAUUUUUGGUUUCGUAUUUUUAACAAAUUUAACAGAGGUCAUAGUUAUGAGUCUACUGUCGCUGAUAUUACUUAAUAGUUGCUUUUGUAUUUUUGACAAAGUUAAUGGGAGUCAUAGUAAUUUUAUUUAUUAUUCAGACUUUAUAUAACUUGAAAGCAAUCGGUUACACCAAGUUUAAGCCAUGAAUAAAUCAAAUACACCUAACAUUAACGAACAGCAAUCGGCUGCACCUAAUUGUAACUUAGGUGUGACAUAUCUACCUAGCAAAAUUUUAUAUUUUUUGAAUCCAACUACAGUAGAACGCCGAUUAUCCGAAUUAAUUGGGACCGGGGUCGAUUCGGAAAAUCGAAAAUUUGGAUAAUCGGACAUAGACUGGUAUGUAAUAAAGAAAAACGAACUGUCACACAUAGAAUAAACUUUAUUAAGUUUAUAAAUGGUUUUAAACUUUAUAAAGUUUUGUAAAGUGUAAAACCAGCUACACCCAUUUUUUCACUGAACAUUCGCGCCUUUUCGCAUAAAAUCGAUCCUCAACUCGGUUGUCCAAUAGAUCGUUGCUGCAGAAACCACGUAAAAACAGCAUUGUCAAGCUGUUCAUCCUUUGCCUUUUUCAUUACUUUUUCGCGACGAACAUCCAUCACCAGUUUUCGAACGCAAUCACAAAACUUAAAAUUUUAUUACAGUUAUUUUUAAUAUCAGUUAACCAAGUACUGUAAAUAACAUUACUUACAGUACUUGGUUUUGAUUUUUUAUAUUACGCUUAGGACCGAUUCGGAUAAUUGGCGAUUCAGUUAGUCGGCGUUCGGAUAAUCGGCGUUCUACUGUAAAUGUCAUUGGAAUAACAAAUAAUCUGGCUUAAACAAGCGGUACUAUUAUAAGCGCUGACAUUCCCAGAUGUCAAUAUGCGCAGUAAACGUUGUUAGGUUUGGUGGAGGGUAUGAGCUGAACUGCAGGGGAUGCGACACUAAUCCCGGUGCCCGAUUGGUUCGUUAUUUGUUCAGCAGACAGUGGUUGGUGCGAAUUCUAUACGAGCUUGAAGUGCAAUAUCGUAUAAUUGGAUAAAAUAAAUUAAUUUGCGCAAAUUGUUCCUAACAAAAAUGUCUAGCGCUCCAAAAGUGUACCGACUUCUAUACUUGUUUAUCAUUGAGACACAAAAAGAUGUACUUAAAUGGAAUAAAAACGAUUAAGAAC